GACCGGCAGGAAAAGCGCCAAUUUCCUUCCGUUCGGGCCAGCUCGGCUGCGGGCGAGCCCCGCCCCGCCCCAGCGUCGCCCCUCGGGCCGAGCAGCUGCGGUCCCCGAUCCGCGUCGGUGUCGGGGCCGUGUGGGGCCGUGUGGGGCCGUGUCGGGGACAUGUCGCGACACAGGCGGGUCCCGCGGCGGCAGCCCGGCGGGGCUGCGGGGGACGGGGCUGCCGCCGCCGCGGUGCGCGCCCGGGCCGAGCCCCUCAGGGAGGCCGGCGUGGACGAGGAGGUGGAAAUGGCGGUGCAGCUGGCCCUGGAGCGGUUCCAGAGCGGGGACGAGGCGGAGAUGGAAUUUCCUUCUAGUUUCACUAGUACUGAAAGAGCAUUUGUUCACCGGCUCUGUCAGUCUCUUGGACUGGUGUCUAAAAGCAAAGGAAAAGGAGCCAAUCGAUACCUGACUGUAAGGAAGAAGGAUGUGUCAGAGGCACACGUAGUCAUGACUUGUGACUUGGCUCUCCGUACGAAACACGCCGUUCGGAGUCUAAUUCAGCGCUUUCCCGUCACAAAUAAGGAACGCAAGGAGCUCCUGCCAAGGACAGAGCGAGGAAGUGUCCGUGCUGUUGCAUCUGAAAACAAAGAAGUAAACAAGACAAGUGGUCGACUUAAUGAUGGUAUCCCCCAGGUCCCAGUGAAAAGAGGGGAAUCAGAGUUUGAUUCCUUCAGGCAGUCACUACCAGUUCUUGAAAAACAGGAAGAAAUUGUCCAAAUCAUAAAGGACAAUAAAAUUGUUUUAGUUAUAGGAGAGACUGGAUCAGGAAAAACGACGCAGAUCCCUCAAUUUAUCCUUGAUGACUGCUACAAGAAUGGAACUCCCUGUCGUGUGUUUUGUACUCAGCCAAGACGUUUAGCAGCUGUUGCUGUGGCUGAAAGAGUGGCAGCAGAAAGAAGAGAGAAGAUUGGCCAGACAAUUGGUUACCAGAUCCGGUUAGAAAGCAGAGAAAAGCUGUAGAGUACAGUACAGAGGAACUUUUCAGCUCUUUUAGGAUGGCAGUACCAGAGGGAGUAGUGACAAUUGCUGUUUUUAUUGGGACAGCUAACUGUGCCCCAGGUAUAGAAUUGUAAAAGUUCAGUAUUUUCACCUCCUGAAAAACCAGAGGAUCACGCAGAUGACUUUGUGAUUUAGUCAGCUGUAAUGAAUUGUGUCUUCAAGGCAAGGCUUUGGGAGCUGUGGGGAGGCUUCUGUGAGGAGGUGCCAGAAGCCUCUUCUGUGUGUGACAGAGCCGGUGCCAGCCAAGACAGACCUGCCUCUGGCCAAGGCUGAGCCCAUCUGUGGUGGUGGUAGUGCCUCUGGGACAGUGGGGAAUGGGGGAGGAAAACCUGCACAACAGAGGCAGCAGUUCAAGAAGAGCAGUGAAAGCAUGUGAGAGAAGCAGAUCUGCACACAGGAAGGUCAGUGCAGGAGGGGAGGAGAUUCUCCAGGUGCCAGAGCAGCCCAUGGUGCAGCCCAUGGUGAGGCAGCUGUGGCCCAGCAGGCCGUGGAGGUCCGUGGUGCAGCAGGGAUCCUCCUGUGAAGGAUUCUGUGUUGGAGCAGGUGGAUGCUUGAAGGAGGCUGUGAUCCUCUGGGAAGUCUCUGCUGAAA